GUCCCCACAGAGGCCCCAAGGGUCUGGGGAGGCAACAUGGUGGGCUCUGGGAUCCCCGCUUUGAGCCUCUUCCUGCUGAUGCAGGGCUCAGACGGGAAUGGGAUCCAAGGAUUCUUCUAUCCAUGGAGCUGUGAGGGAGAUGUAUGGGACCGGGAGAGCUGUGGGGGCCAGGCGGCAAUCGAGAACCCCAAUCUGUGUCUGCGUCUCCGGUGCUGCUAUCGUGAUGGGGUCUGCUACCACCAGCGGCCAGAUGAAACCAUGCGGAGAAAGCACAUGUGGGCGCUGGGCUGGACAUGUGGAGGCCUCCUCUUCCUGAUCUCCAGCAUCUGCUUGUUCUGGUGGGCCAAACGUCGAGAUAUGCUGCACCUUCCAGGGUUCUUAAAGGGCAAAUGUGACCUGUCGAGGACCGUGUCUCUGUUAUCCAAGGACAGGGGGCCUUCGAGCGAAAAGAAGACGUCCGCAGGCAGCAUACCAACCUCUAUUACUCCGGAGGGGAACAUGGAAGUGUCAGGGGCCACCGAAGGGGAAGGAACGACAGAAGGGGGUGAAGAAACAGAAGGGGCGGAGGACGAAGAUUAGGGGCACCCCUGGGGGGGCCUCUCAAUACAGAUAUAGCAUAUAGACGCGUGGUCUCUUUUCUAAGAUCCAUGGGAGCAGGAGGCACAGGAGCUCCGGGGCAGGAAGCAUGCGUGUGUGUGUGUGUGUGUGUGUGUGUGUGUGUGUGCACAAAGGGACUGGGCUGUGAUCAUGGGGUUUCCGGGCGGAGUGGAGUCUGGAACCAGGGAACGGUGGGUCGGUGGGGGGUGGCCCGCCGUCCUCCUGCAGGAGCACCAUUGACAGAUAGCCUUGGCUGCUGACCCUUGGGAUCCUGCCUUGUCUGCCAGCACACCUCCCACCGAUGCCCAAGCGUGGCAGGGCUCCCUGCGGGACACAGGCCACCCCCGGUGGACAACAUUACUCUCAGAUUCUCCAGUGGCCGGGUGAAAAUUCUCCAGAAAGCGAAUACGGUACAAGACUUGUCCUGCCCAGCCCUCGGUCAGGGCAUACCCCGUACCAGGUCCCCUCUACAAGCACUUCCUUCCCGGGCACCUGGGUGGCUCAGAAGGUGCGGACUCUUGAUUU